CUCUGUGUGGAGGAGCCGCUGCCGGCGUUAUGGCGGAGCUGGGCGAGGAGGCGCUGCGGUCGGUGUUGCCGACGAUCCGGGUCCCCAAGGCCGGAGACCGGGUCCACAAGGACGAGUGCGCCUUCUCCUUCGACACGCCGGAGUCUGAUGGAGGCCUGUACAUCUGCAUGAACACCUUCCUGGGCUUUGGGAAGCAGUACGUGGAGAGGCACUACGGCAAGACGGGCCAGAAGGUCUACUUGCACCUCAAGCGCACCCGCCGGCCGAAAGUAGAAGACAACAGUUCAGGGACCGGAGACCCCCCGAGGAAGAAACCCACCCGGCUGGCUAUUGGCGUGGAAGGAGGUUUUGACAUCCCCGAGGAAAAGCUUGACUACGACGAGGACGUGAAGAUCGUCAUUUUGCCGGACUACCUGGAGAUCGGGCGGGACGGCCUGGGGGCCCUGCCGGACCUGGUCCGAGAGCGGGUGACGAGCGCGGUGGAGGCCCUGCUGUCGGCCGACUCGGCCUCGCGGAAGCAGGAGGUGCAGGCCUGGGACGGGGAGGUGCGGCAAGUAUCGCGGCACGCCUUCAACCUCAAGCAGCUGGACAACCCCGCCCGCAUCCCCCCUUGCGGCUGGAAAUGCUCCAAGUGCGACAUGCGGGAGAACCUGUGGCUGAACAUGACGGACGGCUCCAUCCUGUGCGGCCGCCGCUACUUCGACGGCAGCGGCGGCAACAACCACGCGGUCGAGCACUAUAGGGAGACCGGCUACCCGCUGGCCGUCAAGCUGGGCACCAUCACGCCCGACGGGGCAGACGUCUACUCGUACGACGAGGACGACAUGGUCCUGGAUCCCAGCCUGGCGGAACACCUGUCCCACUUCGGCAUCGACAUGCUGAAGAUGCAGAAGACCGACAAGACGAUGACCGAGCUGGAGAUCGACAUGAACCAGCGGAUCGGGGAGUGGGAACUGCUGCAGGAGUCGGGCGGGCCCCUCCGGCCCCUCUACGGCCCCGGCUACACCGGCAUCUGCAACCUGGGCAACAGCUGCUACCUGAACUCCGUCAUGCAGGUGGUCUUCAGCAUCCCCGACUUCCAGAGGAAGUACGUGGACAAGCUGGAGAAGAUCUUCCAGAACGCCCCGUCCGACCCCACCCAGGACUUCAGCACCCAAGUGGCCAAGCUGGGCCACGGCCUCCUCUCCGGGGAAUAUUCCAAACCGGCCCCGGAGACGGGCGAUGGGGAACAGGGGCCCGAGCAGAAGGGCGUGCAGGAUGGCAUCGCCCCCCGCAUGUUCAAGUCCCUGGUGGGCAAGGGGCACCCCGAGUUCUCCACCAACCGGCAGCAAGACGCCCAGGAGUUCUUUCUCCACUUCAUCAACAUGGUGGAGAGGAAUUGCCGCAGCUCGGAGAACCCCAACGAGGUCUUCCGCUUCCUGGUGGAGGAGAAGAUCAAGUGCCUGGCCACCGAGAAGGUCAAGUACACCCAGCGCGUGGACUACAUCAUGCAGCUGCCGGUGCCCAUGGACGCGGCCCUCAACAAAGAUGAGCUCCUGGAGUACGAGGAGAAGAAGCGGCAGGCGGAGGAGGAGAAGCAGCCCCUGCCGGAGCUGGUGCGGGCCCAGGUGCCCUUCAGCUCGUGCCUGGAGGCCUACGGCGCCCCGGAGCAGGUGGACGACUUCUGGAGCACGGCCCUGCAGGCCAAGUCCGUGGCCGUCAAGACCACCCGCUUCGCCUCCUUCCCCGAUUACCUGGUCAUCCAGAUCAAGAAGUUCACGUUCGGCCUGGACUGGGUCCCCAAAAAGCUCGACGUGUCCAUCGAGAUGCCCGAGGAGCUGGACAUUGCUCAGCUGCGGGGGGCGGGGCUGCAGGCCGGGGAGGAGGAGCUUCCUGACAUCGCCCCGCCCCUGGUGACCCCGGACGAGCCCAAAGGUAGCCUUGGUUUCUAUGGCAACGAAGACGAGGACUCCUUCUGCUCCCCUCACUUCUCCUCUCCGACAUCGCCCAUGCUGGACGAGUCGGUCAUCAUCCAGCUGGUGGAGAUGGGCUUCCCCAUGGACGCCUGCCGCAAAGCCGUCUACUACACCGGCAACAGCGGCGCCGAGGCGGCCAUGAACUGGGUCAUGGCUCACAUGGACGACCCGGACUUUGCCAACCCCCUGGUCCUGCCCGGCUCCAGCGGGCCCGGGUCCACCAGCGCGGCCGCCGACCCCCCGUCCGAGGACUGCGUGGCCACCAUCGUCUCCAUGGGCUUCUCGCGGGACCAGGCCAUGAAGGCCCUGCGGGCCACGAGCAACAGCCUGGAGCGGGCCGUCGACUGGAUCUUCAGCCACAUCGACGACCUGGACGCAGAGGCCGCCAUGGACAUCUCGGAGGGCCGCUCGGCCGCCGAUUCCAUCUCCGAGUCGGUGCCCGUGGGGCCCAAGGUCCGCGACGGACCCGGAAAGUAUCAGCUCUUUGCCUUCAUCAGCCACAUGGGCACCUCCACCAUGUGCGGGCACUACGUCUGUCACAUCAAGAAGGAGGGCAGGUGGGUAAUCUACAACGACCAGAAAGUGUGCGCCUCGGAAAAGCCCCCCAAGGACUUGGGCUACAUUUACUUCUACCAACGGGUGGCCAGCUAGGGCCUGCCCCCCUCCCCUCCCCCA